AUGGCGGCCCAACAACCAAGCUCGUCUUCCACCAACCCGACUAGGUCUCGACACAACACUCGUAUAGUCGCCCAGACAUCCAUAGACGCGAGGCUCCAAGCAGACUUUGACAAAUCCGGCACCUCCUUCGACUACUCGACCACUGUCCGAGUCACCAAUCUCCCCUUUUCCCAAAUCCCUGCAAAAUCCGACAUGGCCACCACCACAACCUACCUCCAGCAGAUUCAGAAAGGCAAAUUAAUCCAAUCCUUCGGCUGCCUACUCGUCCUCCACGAAAAAACUUUCAAAGUCAUCGCCUUCAGCGAGAACGCCCCUGAAAUGCUCACCACACUCAGCCACGCGGUCCCCAGUGUUGGCGAUCACCCGCUUCUCACCAUAGGCUCCGAUAUACGCACCAUCUUCACAGCCCCUAGUGCCGCCGCCCUACAGAAGGCCUUCGGUUUUGGCGAGGUGGCCUUGCUCAACCCUGUCCUGGUCCACUGCAAGUCUUCCGGAAAGCCCUUUUAUGCCAUCAUCCAUCGAGUCACGGGCAGUUUGGUCAUUGACUUCGAGCCUGUUAAGCCUCACGAGGUUCCCAUGACUGCAGCCGGCGCACUACAGUCAUAUAAGUUGGCGGCAAAGGCUAUUACUCGUCUGCAGGCUCUUCCGAGUGGAAGCUUGGAGAAGCUAUGUGAGACAAUGGCUCAGGAAGUGUUCGAGCUCACGGGUUACGAUCGUGUGAUGGUCUAUAGAUUCCAUGAAGACGAUCAUGGUGAGGUUUUUGCUGAGGUCACGAGGCCCGGGCUUGAGCCGUACUUGGGCUUACACUACCCAGCCACCGACAUUCCUCAGGCGGCCCGUUUUCUGUUCAUGAAGAAUAAAGUUAGGAUGAUCUGCGACUGCCGUGCGGCCCACGUGAAGGUGGUGGUGCAAGACGAGGGCUUCUCGUCGAACCUCACGCUCUGCGGGUCGACACUGCGGGCCCCGCAUAGUUGUCAUCUUCGGUACAUGGAGAACAUGAACUCGAUUGCGUCUCUAGUAAUGUCCGUCGUCAUCAAUGAAGGAACUGACGAGGAAUCCUCCUCUGCCACGUCAUCAUCAUCUUCGCCUCAUCAUCAUCCGGACAAACAAAAACGGCUCUGGGGUCUGGUCGUCUGCCACCACACCUCCCCGAGAUUCGUCCCUUUCCCUCUACGGUACGCGUGCGAGUUCCUCUCGCAAGUGUUCUCCAUUCACGUCGGUAAGGAGCUCGAGCUUCUGAACCAAACGCUCGAGAAAAACAUCCUCAAGACUCAGACCAUGCUCUGCGACAUGCUGCUUCGGGGAAAUCCGUUGGCUGUCGUGACACAGAGUCCGACAGUGAUGGACCUUGUGAAAUGCGAUGGUGCUGUUUUUCUCUAUAAAGGGAAGAAUCAUCGUCUGGGACUUUCUCCGAGUGAUCUCCAGAUCUUUGACAUUGUCUCGUGGUUAGAUGAGUUCCAUCGUGACUCGACAGGCAUGACAACUGAUAGUCUGCUUGGAGCGGGAUUCCCUGGGGCGGGUGCAUUAGGGGAUGCUUUUUGUGGAAUGGCGGCUGUGAGAAUUACGGGACGAGAUUGGCUGUUCUGGUUCAGGUCCCACACGGCAGCCGAAGUUCAGUGGGGUGGGGCAAAACAGGAAAAAGGGGAGGAGGACAAUGGCAGGAAAAUGCACCCCAGGUCGUCUUUCAAGGCCUUUCUUGAGGUGGUGAAAGCGAGGAGUGUGGCGUGGAGGGAGUUUGAGAUGGACGCAAUACACUCGCUGCAGCUUAUUCUGAGGAAUGCGUGUGAUAAGGAGGAGGAGGAAGAGGCGAAAAGGAAAGAUAUGGUGGUGGCGGGGGAGAUUCAGUCGAGGCUGAACGAGCUGCAUAUUGAUGGGGCGAAGGAAAUGGAGAUGGUUACGUCGGAGAUGGUGAGACUGAUUGAGACGGCGUCGGUGCCAAUAUUGGCGGUUGGGGUGGAUGGGCUGGUUAAUGGAUGGAAUACUAAGAUUGCGGAGCUUACAGGGUUGCCGGUGGAUGGGGCUAUUGGGCAGAAGUUUUUGGCGCUCGUUGAGGAAUCUUCGGCAGAUGUUGUUCGUAGAAUGCUGGAGUUGGCUCUGCAAGGCCAAGAAGAACAAAACGUGCAUUUCGAAAUCAAAACCCACGGGCCGCGAUCCGAAUCCGGCCCAAUCAGCCUUGUCGUGAACGCCUGCACCAGCCGCGACAUCAAGGACAACGUCGUUGGAGUCUGCUUCAUCGCACAAGAUGUAACCACCGAACGAAGCAUGAUGGACAAGUUCACGCGUAUCGAGGGAGAUUACCAAGCCAUCGUCCAAAACCCGAACCCUCUAAUUCCCCCCAUUUUCGGGCUCGACGAAUUCGGGUGGUGCUCUGAGUGGAACCCAGCCAUGGCCCACCUUUCCGGCUGGCAGCGUGAAGAAGUGCUCGACAAAAUGCUUCUAGGCGAGGUCUUUGGGCUCGGCAAAGCCUGCUGUCGUCUCAAGAAUCAAGAAACUUACGUGAAUCUCGGGAUUUUGCUGAAUAAGGUCGUGACUGGUCAGGAUUCGGGCAGGGUUCCGUUUGGAUUUUUCUCGAGGGAAGGGAAGUAUGUUGACUGUUUGCUGAGCGUGAGCACGAAGGUUGACCGUGAGGGGGCUGUGACUGGGCUCUUCUGCUUUUUGCAGCUCCCGAGCCCUGAGCUGCAGAAGGCUCUUCAUGUGCAGAGGGUUUCGGAGCAGAUUGCCAUGAAGAGGUUGAGAGUGAUGGCGUAUAUAAGGAGUGAGAUCAAGAAUCCUCUGUCUGGGAUUAUUUUCUCCAGGAAGAUGAUGGAAGGGACUGAUUUGGAUGACGAGCAGAGGAAUAUAUUGAGGACAACUCAGCACUGCCAGCGUCAGCUGAACAAGAUUUUGGACGAUACGGAUAUUGAUCAGAUUAUUGAAGGUGGAGAUGUUAUAUAUGCUGAAGUACAGAAACUUAUGGUGGAGUUUAAGGUGCCCGAGGUGUUGAUUGCUGCCAUUAGUCAGAUAAUGAUGAAGAGCAGUGCAAAGGGUAUUAUGAUAGUGGACAAUUUGGCACCAAAUCUGGAUAAGGAGACUGUGUACGGUGAUUCUGUGAGGCUUCAGCAAGUCUUGGCUGCGUUCUUGCUGGUAUCUGUUAAUUCCACGCCAAGCGGGGGCCAACUUAGUGUGGCAGCCACUUUGAGGAAAGAUUCUAUUGGGGAAUCAGUUCAUUUGGGUCAUUUGGAAUUCAGGAUAACACACAGUGGAGCCGGUGUACCACAUGCGCUGCUCGACCAGAUGUUUGGUGAGGAGUCUGACACGUGCGAAGAUGGGAUCAGCCUUUUCGUAAACCGGAAGCUUGUGAAACUAAUGAAUGGAGAUGUUCGGUAUUUGAGGGAGGCCACAUGUUCAACUUUCAUCAUCACUGUCGAGCUAGCCAUUUCUAACAAAACCACUAACUUGUACUUGUCGGGUCGAAUAAUGAGCGAGAAUAGUUUUCCCUCGCAUUUUGUGGUUGUUUGUGUACGUCUUCGUGCAGAAAUGUAUGGGAUAUGUUAUAUUAUGAGCGAGUUACGA